AUGUACAUAGACUUUACGCAGAAAUUACCAGCAGAAUUAUGUUCAUACAUUGUAUCUUUAUUAGACUUUGACAGCAUGCUUGUUAUUCCCAAAGUAUCCCGAGUGUGGGCAAGUUUGUUUUAUAUUGAUGAUUUAUGGAGACGCUUAACAAUCGAAAAUAAUUGGAAACUGAAAAUCCCUACAGACAUUUCAGAAUUGGACGAGCAGGAACAAAGCUGGUAUUAUUGGUUUAAACAAAGAUAUCAGUUGGAAAUUCGAUGGAAACUGGGCAAAGUAGCUACGCAUUAUUUAAUUGGUCAUCUUGAUAGUGUCUAUUGUUUACAAUUUGAUGAUGAAAAGAUUAUUACUGGAAGUAGAGAUAGGACAAUCAAGAUCUGGGAUUUGAAAACGUAUCAGUGCAUUUACACACUAGAAGGACACCAAGGCAGUGUUUUAUGCUUACAGUAUAAUGAUCAAGUUAUUGUUUCUGGUUCAUCAGAUCAUACAGUAAUUGUUUGGGAUUUAAAGACAAGAAAAAUGCGUGGCAGACUUCAUGGCCAUACAGCAGGUGUGUCAGAUGUCUCUUUUGAUCAUCGAUAUAUUAUUAGCUCGUCAAAGGAUGCAUCCAUUAGAAUUUGGAGUAGUCAGACUUACCAACCAAUUCUUAUGAUUAUGGGACAUUUAGGACCAGUGAAUGCUAUACAACUGAAAGGCGAUUUUCUUGUCUCCGCUUCUAGUGAUGCACUUAUUAAAUUAUGGCAAGUCUCCACCGGUCGAUGUAUACGUGAAUUUGCUGGUCAUAAACAUGGAUUAGCCUGUGUUCAAUAUGACGGUAAAAGAAUUGUAAGCGGAUCAAACGAUCACACUAUCCGAGUUUGGGAUGUUGAGACUGGCUUGUGUACAAACGUACUUGAAGGUCACACGGGACUAGUUAGGAAUCUUCGCUUUGAUGGAAAUAAAAUAGUAAGCGCAAGUUACGAUCGAAGUGUACGUGUUUGGGAUAUCAAGUAA